AUGUGUGUGGCGACUGUGUGCAACAAACUCAAGGAACAGAAGUGGUCUAAGGAUGCAGAAAUACUCCAAGUGUACAUGUGGCGAAAGAUCCGGGAAGCCUACGUGAAGCAGGGCUUGCUUGUGAGGAAGGCGAACGACGCGCUCGGCUCGUUGAUACUGUUCUCUAACUUCUUUAAUUUCUACUUUAUAUGCUUGCAACUGUUUUUGGGGAUUACGCAGGGAAUGGCAGGAGACCGCUUCCAGCAAAUCUACUACCUAGCAUCCUUACUCUGGCUUUGCUUGCGAUCCAGUUUCGUAGUUCUAGCUGCUGCUGACGUGUACGAACAUUCUAGAAGAGCCCUACCAUGUUUGUAUUCAUGUAAUGCACGAUGCUUCAAUAUUGAGAUUGAAAGACUCCAAGAUCAACUAAGCAAAGACAACGUCGCUCUAAGUGGUUUGGGAUUCUUCAAUUUAACAAGAACGGUAUUACUGCAAGAAUUUCUACCAACUAUGACAAAUAUAUUUAAAAUGGCGAAAUAUUUUGGCAUUCCAACAUAUGGCGGGAGAUUAGCUCUUCUAGGAGCUAUUGUAAUGUUGGCAAUGCUGAUGAUUUUGGAGACAGUGUCUAUUUCGAAGCUGAUAAAAACUUUGAAUAGCUGGAAUGUGAAUCCAAAAGAUAGUGUAAUUUCUCGGCUAUCUGGAUCAAUUUUCUAUGGCAACGCUUUGCUGUCCAUGUUAAUAUCAUGGAAAAUAAUAAGCAAUUGGGAAGAACUAGCUUUAUUCUGGAAGAGAACUGAAAGAAUUGAACUGAACAUUCUUCCUGAUAAAAGGAUUAGAGCAAGAAUUAUAUUUAUAAGCAGUUACGUCGGUAUAUGUGCGUUUGUUGAGCACGCGUUGAGUAUGAUGUCAGGAACGGGGCUCGACUGUCCGCCGGGGGAGUACUUUGAACGUUAUAUCUUGAGUUCACACGGAUUCAUCUUGCAAAGAAGUAAAUAUUCUCUAUGGAUAGCGAUACCGAUUUUCAUUCUCAGCAAGUUGGCCACAAUAUUUUGGAACUUCCAGGACCUGAUUAUAAUUUUAAUCAGCGUCGGCCUGGCUUCGAAGUACAACCGAUUAAAUCUUUUUGUUCAUCGUUUCGUAUUGUUUGAGAAGAAAAUGAAAUAUCACAAUAGGGUCGUAAGUCUACCUCUCCGUAUCAAAAUAUGGCGCAAUCUUCGUCAGGCUUACGUCCAACAAUCAGAGUUAGUGAGGAAAGUUGACCAGAGCCUCGGAGGGCUGAUACUCCUCUCCAAUCUUAAUAAUUUGUACUUUAUUUGCUUGCAACUGUUUUUGGGGAUCAGCGGAUCAAAGGGUACUGCGAUAAAUAUAAUCUACUAUUACUUCUCACUGGCUUGGCUACUCUACCGAGCCAGUGGCGUGGUGCUGGCAGCGGCUGAUAUCAACAUACACUCUAAACGGGCCCUCCCAUAUUUGUAUAGUAGUGUAAGCGGGGCAUAUAAUAUUGAGAUAAAAAGACUCAAAACUCAAUUAGAGAACGACGAUGUAGCUCUGAGCGGACUCGGGUUCUUUUACUUGUAUAGACAGAAGUUAUUAGAGGUGGCUGCUGCUAUAGUCAAAUAUGAAUUAAUAUUACUUCAAUUUGACAAACAUUAUUAA